AUGAAGACGAAGACGAAGACGGACCCCUAUCCAGACUCGUCGGAACUAUCGGGUCUCCCCUCCUCAGAACCAUCGGAUCUCGCAUCGCAAUCGCAAUCUGAACAACCCACUUCAACAGCACCCCCUUUGGCUUCCCAAGUCAGUGGGAGCACGAAGGAGGCCGAGUUGAAGGACAACACCAACGAGAAGGACACGGUCUCUGUCCAAGAUAAAGAUAGGAAUCGAGAUAGAGUUGGGUUUGGGUUUGGAUUCGGGCUGCCAGGAUUGGGAUUGGGAGUUUCUGCCGCGAAGGGGAGCGUGGACGUUAAGAAGCAGGACGUGACCAAGGAGAAGAAGAAGCAGGAGAACGUGCACGAGGAAGAGAAGGAGAAGGUCAACGUGAACGCGAACGAGGAGAAGGAGAAGGAGAAGGAGGCUAGCAGUAGUAGUGGUGGAGCUAGUAGUGGUCGUGGUCGUGGUCGUGGUCGUGGUGGUGCCGUCAGUAUUGACGAGACUCCUAUUAUGGCCGACGGUAAAGGUUCCGUCGACGGAGGUUUGAGUGGGGAAGGAGAAUCGCCGAGGGAUGGGAACGAUGUGGCUAAUGCAGGGGAUAUGCCGAGGGAGGGCAAUGGUACCGCGAAAACGGCCGGUGGUUCUGAUGGAGAAAGAGAGGCGCUCGGGCAGGGAGGGGAAGGAAAGGCAGAAGGGGAGGAGGAGGAGAAUGGGAAUAAGGGUGACGGGAGUGGGGAUAGGAAUAAGGUUGGCGAUGACCGCGAUGGUGGUGGAGAGGGUGAAGAGGGGACGAGAGGCGAGUCGCCGUCCAAUGCCUCCGCGACCGCGAGUUCUCAGGAUCCAAAGGAGGGAAGUAAAAAGGAUGAUGGUGUAGAGGGAGGUGGUAGUUGUGGUAGUGGCGGUGAUGGUGCCAGAGCAGGUGUUGGGAGCUUGGGAGAGACGAACCCGAUUGAGGCGAGCAUUCACGCGAACCGGAGCGGUUGGGCUUCCUUCUUUAGUUCCCGGGCGCUUAUGGUCAAGGCGAUCGGAUAUGGAAGUGAACUGGCAAAGAAGGAGGAUGAGGUGAAGAGGGAUGAGCAUGGCGCGGAGAUCAUGGACAUAGAUGAAAGUGAUGAUGAGGGACAGGGUUCGACUUUGGAAGGUGGAGAUGAUGGCGCCAAGGGCGAUCAGGAGAAGGAUAAGAAGGAUGUUUCGUCGCUUGUGGUUGCUACUACGAAGGCGCUCAUUCCUCAGUUACCUAUCAAGUCCAGUUCGGCAUCGACCAAGUCAUCGAAAUCGGAUUCGAGCAAGGACGUCAAACCCGAACCUCCGGCCGAAAAGCCUGCGCCUCCGUUGACUCGGGACGAAGAUCUCAAGGAUAAAGUCUCAGAUUCUGUUCCGACGACCAAGCCGGGAUCGAAACCCUCUUCCGGCAAGUCGACUCCUGUUCCUGUCAGUCCCUCAAAGUCUACUAUGAACAAGGAUUCUCCCAAGGAAAAGGAGAAGGCUCGAUCUGCGCCUGUGACUCCUAAACGCAACAACUCUCCUGCACCCUCGACGAAGAAGGCUGGGCCUCCCCCUCCACCUAAUCUUGUUCUACCGACUUGGGAUGAUAUCUUCCAUACUCCUCCACGAAGCGUCGUUCCCCCUCCACCUCCUCUUUCCAGGUCUAAUUCGAGCUCUGAAGAUUCAUCGCCCGGACCUUCUACGAGUACGAUUCUCGGAAAAACCAUGAAGUUCGUCAGCGGGGUUCUGUUCUCCAAGGAUGACCACCAGAGCCAGCAGCAGUCGCACCAGCGAGCUCGUUCGAGUUCUCAAGUCCGACGCGGAUCGACCAGUGGCAAUCGACAUUCGUCUUCUUCUUCUCGACCGACGAACAGUUCUAGAUUGAGACGGAGCUCGAGUGGGGUCGGCGGCGUUGGCGGGCCCCUCGAUCUCGGCACGUUAUUGGAACAGGAGAGGCAGAAGCGGUUCGAGAGGUUUGGAGAAGAGUUGCCCAAGGCGUGGAAAGUGUUGCAUAAUGGUACGAUUGGGAGUGGUGGUUCUCCAGCUCCGAUCGAAGGAGUGGAUGUAGGGCUCGGCGAUACAUCGGCGAAUACCGGUGUGAACGCGACGAUAGGGACGCGCGUGCCAGGAUUGGGCGAUAGCCAGGGGCAAGCGAUUCACGAUGUGCUGAGGGGCUGUAGGCGAGUGGUCGUAAUUGGCGUGCAUGGUUGGUUCCCUGUCGCCGAUGGAGAGCUUACACGUCUUGUUACUGCUAUAGGUGCCGUAAUGAGAACUGUACUUGGAGAGGCGUGCGCGACGCCAGUUGUGCGGAUGAGGCAUGGAGGCAGUUACUUCCUUGCGCAAUGCUUUGAACCUACAGGAACCAGUUCGAAGUUUGCGAAUAUGAUGGAACAGGCGCUGAGAGAGUUUGAAGACGCGCAUGGAGUUCAAUUGGAGAAGGUGACGAAGAUCCCAUUGGAAGGUGAAGGAACUAUUCAACGCAGAGUUGAAAGCAAUCUCCUCGCUAAUAGUGAAUGGAUGAGCGACUUGCACGAGGCUGAUGCUGUUAUCGUCGCCACUCAUUCGCAAGGAUCGGUAGUCUCGACCCAUUUGCUGGAUCGUUUGAUUGCGGAUAAGCAUAUCAGGACUUCAGUCGAACCUAUCGAAGUCUCUGGCGCCGACUCGUUCCCCUCGGCUGUUGGAGUGAACGUCUCGCCUGGACGGAAGCCUCAGCGCGUUUGCUGCUUGGCCCUAUGUGGCAUUCACCUCGGCCCUCUGCGUUACCUCAGUGGAAGCUCGUUAGUACAACCUUAUAUUCAAUACUUCGAAUCGACCGCGGCCCGUGAACUCUUCGAAUUCCAGAAUACAGAAAGUGCAGUGUCAAAGGCUUACGUCCAAGCUCUUCGAAAUGUGCUUCAUCAUGGCGUCAAAAUGGUCUAUAUCGCUUCAUUAAAUGACCAAGUCGUUCCCAUCUACUCGGGCAUCUUCACUGCUGCUUCUCACCCUAUGAUUCUACGUGCCCUUUACAUAGAUGGUGAUGCAUAUCACUCGUCCGACUUUCUCUCCAACCUUCUGGUCUUACUCCUCCGACUUCGCAACUCGGGCAUCCCAGACGGCGGUUUAAUCGCGCAUUUGUCGGAGGCCACCGCGGGUUCGUUAAGCGGUAUAGGACAUUCGACAGCUUAUGAAGAGCUUUCAUGUUAUUCCUUGGCUGUCCGAUAUUUGUUCGAAGCAAACGAUGGCUUGGCGCCGUAUCCCGACCUUCAAUUGGAGUCGUUCGAUGCUGCUCACGAGCAAAAUGAUUACGAGAUACCGUGGUCAUUGCGCGAUGUAAUCGCUGAUGAACGAGUCAUCCACUACUUCUCGAAGGAGGUCUCCCAACUUCGCGAUGCGUUCCGCGAAUGGCAGCCCAAGACAACUAUCCUGAGAGACUUGAAGCGUAAACUCCAGCCUAUUCAACGACUUCCUUCUUCUUUCUCUUCCACGAUAUACUCAACCACUAGCAAAUUAUAA